CAACACCUGCAAUAAGUCCAUUGGAGAAACGCAUUGAGGAGUUGAGCCACCAAUUUGUGAUCGAGCGUGCCGUGGCUGAAGGAGCCAAACACGCCAUCCAGAAAUUGGAUGGAAAGCCGCUUGUUGAGGUAAGUUACAAAGUGUAUUCUCUUAACCAUUUCAUCCCCAGAAUGAAUAAUGGGCUUCCAAUGUCUGUCAAGGGGCUGGAAAUUACAAUUUAUUGGCAUUAGCCAAGUAGCCAUGGUAUAUUAUUAUGACUUAUAAAGCGCCAACAAAAUCUGCUUUAUGAAUAAUUUAUAAAUGUUAAAUUUAUAUUCUCUCUUCUGAGACUUUAAUUGUUUGAAGUCUUUAUUGGUACAUUUGUUCUGUAUUUUAUGCUGUCUCUAUGAUUUAUUUAAAAUUCUCCCAAUUGUUUAAUUCCCAUUAGUUUUAUUAAAAGCCAAUAGCAUAAUAUAAAUCUAUGGAAAUCCGUGCUAACUAGGUUUUUCUUUUCCAUUCAGCAUUUAAGUUAAAUACAGUUUUUUUUUCAAUAAACUGACUUGUAGGAAAUUAAAAUCUGAAUUACAAAACUGAGGCAAACGUAGAUAAGAAAAUACAGACAAACCAGUAGAGUAUACACACUAUACAAAAUUAUGUUAAAAUCAUAUAUUAGGAAAAGAUCCCAGGUGUACCUCACUAACACCUAAAACACAUAUAAUUGAAAAACAAAGUGGAAACACCUCCCAAAUACGUGAUAAUAUAAGAAAAAAUAAAAAUAACCUGAAAUAUAGGUCGUGAUUCAUAAACGGAAUCUGUACAAAAGAUUAAAAGACUAACAUAGCGUAAUACAGUAUUAAAUAGGUGAGUGAUAUUUAGUGGAAAUAAGUGCACUCACAAACAAAUAUGAAAUCAGGCUUCUCACCCUCCCAAGGGUAGCAAUCUUAUGAGUGGACGAUCCUCCGUAGGAUAUAUGAAAAGUAAAAAAACAAAUAUAGUGAAGCAUGUAAUUAAAUUACAAAAUAGUAUUUAUUGGUCUCACUUACAAGUGAAGAAAAAUAGCAGGCAUAUCUCCAUAUAACAUGGAACUCCCAGAACGAUGCAGAAGAGAGUCCAAUAGAAGAUCCAAUGAAGCAGACAGAAUACAAAUAAAAUAAAAUAAAAAUAAAAACUUAAUACAGAAUUACAUAAAAAAGGAUAAAAUAUAAUAGCAGCAUGCAUAAUCUUAAAGUAUCUAUCCAACGCGUUUCGUCCAACAGAAAGGGGACUUCCUCAGGGAUAUAGAUGUGGUGAUCCUUCUAGAUAUAUAUAGGGCGAUAUCCAUAAUCAUCCUAAAUUCAAAAAACCCGGGUAUCCGGCGUCCGGUGGUGGCGUGCGUUUCAUCCGUGGCACGCAUAAAACAGGAUAUAGUGCUUAUGUUCCGGUUGUACUGUCAUUUCCGGCAGCGUGGAACGCAUAUGCGUAGUUCGUGCGCGUGCGCAUAAUAGACGCGCAUGUGUGUCAUAAACGCACAUGGACAGAUGUUAUUACCGGAACCUACAGGGGACAAAAAAGUAGAAGAAACGGGCGGAUAAUCCGCCCAAGAGACUAAGAACCAGGAUGAAACAAAGAAUAAAGAAUAAAAAAUUUAAUAAAAAAGCAAAUACACAUAUAAUAAACAUAUAUAUAAUGCCCAGUGCAUUAUACUUAAUAUACUACACAUAUAAACACACCCAAUUGAUUACAAUUACUAGACCAGAAACAUUUACCUAGACACAAAAUAUUGCAAACCCUAAAUAUUAUGAAAUGAGAGGAAAUUCAUAUUUCUCUGCUUAAAUGCAUAUGGAUUAAGUUAGUCUAAUUCAAAUUAAACCUUGUAAAUCAAUUUCCUGAUUUAGUCUUUGAUGUAAAGUUUUCAGAUUAAAAAUCCAAAACGCCUCUUUUUUAAUUAACUCUUGUAAUUUGUCUCCUCCCCUCCAACCUACAGUACAUCAUCUAUGUAGCGUCGCCAUAGGACCAAAGUACCCCCAGUAUGCUCGCCCAAUCUGACGUGCUGUUGCUCCCAAUGGGAUACGUACAGGUUGGUGAAACUGGGGGCAAAUUUGGUACCCAUGGCGACGCCACAGCUGUAAAUAAUACUGGUUGUUAAACCAGAAGAAGUUCUUUGUUAGAACGAACUGAAUACAAUUGAUCAAAAAUUCGAUUUGGGUAUCAUGUAAAGAUUGCUGGGAUUUAAGCAUUUCCUUAAUGCACAUAAUGCCUUUCAUAUGAGGAACGUUAGAAUAAAGAGCAGUUAUAUCAUGGGUACCAAAUUUGCCCCCAGUUUCGCCAACCUGUACGUAUCCCAUUGGGAGCAACAGCACGUCAGAUUGGGCAAGCAUACUGGGGGUACUUUGGUCCUAUGGCGACGCUACAUAGAUGAUGUACUGAUCAUCUGGGAUGGCACUAUGGAGAGUUUCAACUCUUUCAUGUAGUAUGUCAAUGAUAAUGAUUACAACUUGCUGUUUACUUUCACAUCAAGCAUCAUUUCUGUUAAUUUCUUGGACUUAACAAUAUAUAGAGAAUCCAAUCAAUUAAAGACCAAAACAUACUUUAAACCCACAGAUUGCAAUACAGCUAUUGAAUGUUCUAGUGCUCACCAUCCCCCAUGGCUUUCAAAUAUUCCAAAAAGCCAGCUAACCCGUCUCAGGAGAAAUUGUUCCGAUAGGGAUGUUUUUUUGGAACAAUCGGCAAUUAUAAAACAAAGAUAUAUAGAUAAGGGUUAUAAUCUUAAUAAAAUUGAAAAAGCGGAAAUAGAGAUUCUUUCUUCUGAUAGAACCCUUUUACUUGGUGAUAGAGAACAAAGAGAAGGGAACAAUGAAUUAGUUUGAUUCAAUAGAAAAGAUAAAAAAAGUAAAAAUAAUAGACACAAUUCUAAUAAUAAAUUUGAAUUUGCUUUUUUGACUCAAUAUAAUUCUCAGGCAAAAAAGAUAGAACAGAUACUUAAGAAACAUUGGCACAUCCUGAAGAGGGAUGAUGUCUUAAAACAUAUGUUACCUGAAUUCCCUAUAGUAAUUUACAAAAAAUCAGCAAAUUUAAAAAAUAAAUUGGCACCUAGUUUGUUACUGUCUACUCCUUCUUGUAACAAUGUAUUAAAAACUCCUAUAUUAGGUUUCUUCAGCUGUGGACGUUGUUCCACUUGUAAAUAUCAAAAAAAGAAAAUUGUGAAUUUUACAAGUACAUACACUAAUAAAACCUAUAAUAUUAAGAAACAUAUUCACUGUUCUUCUUCCUUUGUGGUGUAUUUACUACAAUGCGGUUGUGGGGCUCAGUACGUGGGCCGUACUUCUAGAAAACUACAUAUCAGAAUUUUGGAACAUUUCAAUAACAUAAAGAAAAAGAAAUCUAACCAUAGUGUACCUAGACAUUGCAACACAUGUCCGUUGUUUAUAUGGAACACUUUUCAGGCAUUUGGUAUAGACUCCAUCCAUCUAGGUUGGAGGGGAGGAGACAAAUUACAAGAGUUAAUUAAAAAAGAGGCGUUUUGGAUUUUUAAUCUGAAAACUUUACAUCAAGGACUCAAUCAGGAAAUUGAUUUACAAGGUUUAAUUUGAAUUAGACUAACUUAAUCCAUAUGCAUUUAAGCAGAGAAAUAUGAAUUUCCUCUCAUUUCAUAAUAUUUGGGGUUUGCAAUAUUUUGUGUCUAGGUAAAUGUUUCUGGUCUAGUAAUUGUAAUCAAUUGUGUGUGUUUAUAUGUGUUGUGGCGAAACCGGCCUCGCCACGUGUCCUUGGAGGGGGCUGCUUGCCCGCCUCUUGCCUUUGGACUAUGGACCAGACCUUAUGUGAAUGUGUUAUACCCCAGAUAGGAAUCCCAUGGAGCCCAUUCGUAUGAAACUGACUGUAAAGACUUUGGCUCCAUGGCGAUUAAACUGUAUUUGUGUGGUCCGAGCGCCAUUCACUUAAUAAUGUGCGCUCAGACCUGAGCUAUCUGGGGAUAUGUGAAAUGUCUGUGUGUUAUGUGUAAAAUGUGACUUUAUGUAUUUUAAAGUGUUUUGUGUCUUUUUGCAACCAUGUGCUUAAUGGAGUCUUGUGUCUGUCCUGGGAGAUAAUUGAAUUACUUAUCUCCAGGAUAGAAGACUCUGAAACUGGUUUGGGCCAGAAAGCCAUGCUUCAUUUAGUCACAAAGGACUUUUUACUAACUUUUGAACCCCUUGUCUGAUUUGUGCCAUUUUUUGAAUAUGUUGUUCCCCUGAAUGGAUUGAUUGUGAAUAUGUAAUUUUAUGUGAAUGUGAUGUAUGGUUUUGGAGUUAUGAAAGUUGGGUAGAAAGUAUGUUUUAACUGUAUGUAUAAUUGAGUUUCCUCUCAGGAUAAGGGGAGGGAAUAUGUGGGAUGUAACUGUGAUGUGAUUGGUGGUUUUGUAACGCCCUGUGGGCUGUACUAUGUUUGUGGAUUGGGAAUAAAAGAGACUGUAUGUGACAGUACAGGGAGUUCCUGUUUUAACCCUCAAAGUGAAGUGUCGUCUCAUUAUUGGGGGAAGGAUUUAUUGUAUGCUGUUCCAGUUUGACUGCUAGGAGAGUAAACCUAUUCGUAUGGUUCCUAUUCAACUGUCUACAGCAUUCAAAUGCUUGAGAGAAGGUAUACGCUUCUCUGGUUCGGUGAUUGUGGUGUCUGCUGCAGUGCUUGGAGUCCUCAGGAAGCGCUAGGAGCAUCCUUUAACGGAGGUACCCAGUCGGGGUGCCAGGUGAUCCGUUACAUGUGUUUAUAUGUGUAGUAUAUUAAGUAUAAUGCACUGGGCAAUAUAUAUAUAUUUAUUAUAUAUGUAUUUGCUUUUUUAUUCAAUUUUUUAUUCUUUGUCUAUUUUUUAUUUUUUGUUUCAUCCUGGUUCUUAGUCUCUUGGGUGGAUUAUCCGCCCGUUUUAUUCUACUUUUUUGUCCCCUGUAGGUUCCGGUAAUAACAUCUGCGCAUGUGCGUUUAUGACACACAUGCGCGUCUAUUAUGCGCACGCGCACAAACUACGCAUAUGCGUUCCACGUUGCCGGAAAUGACAGUACAACCGGAACAUAAGCACUAUUUCCUGUUUCAUGCGUGCCACGGAUGAAACGCACGCCACAGCCGGACGCCGGAUACCCGGGUUUUUUGAAUUUAGGAUGAUUAUGGAUAUCGCCCUAUAUAUAUCUAGAAGGAUCACCACAUCUAUAUCCCUGAGGAAGUCCCCUUUCUGUUGGACGAAACGCGUUGGAUAGAUACUUUAAGUUUAUGCAUGCUGCUAUUAUAUUUUAUCCUUUUUUAUGUAAUUCUGUAUUAAGUUUUUAUUUUUAUUUUAUUUGUAUUCUGUCUGCUUCAUUGGAUCUUCUAUUGGACUCUCUUCUGCAUCGUUCUGGGAGUUCCAUGUUAUAUGGAGAUAUGCCUGCUAUUUUUCUUCACUUGUAAGUGAGACCAAUAAAUACUAUUUUGUAAUUUAAUUACAUGCUUCACUAUAUUUGGUUUUUUACUUUUCAUAUAUCCCACGGAGGAUCGUCCACUCAUAAGAUUGCUACCCUUGGGUGGGUGAGAAGCCUGAUUUCAUAUUUGUUUGUGAGUGCACUUAUUUCCACUAAAUAUCACUCACCUAUUUAAUACUGUAUUACGCUAUGUUAGUCUUUUAAUCUUUUGUACAGAUUCCGUUUAUGAAUCACGACCUAUAUUUCAGGUUAUUUGUAUUUUUUCUUAUAUUAUCACGUAUUUGGGUGGUGUUUCCACUUUGUUUUUCAAACGUAGAUAAGCUCUGACAAAAGCCGAGAUGGAAUUUCUCACGAUCACUAUUUUUAGUUUAAAUAUUUGCAGUUCAGAUUUUGAUUUGCUACAAUCCAGACUUUAGUGAUUAAUCCUGAGUUUUAUACAUUGAACAUGAUGUGGAAUUAGAACACCAUUUAUAAAUGCAAUGAAAGUAUGAGCCACACUCGUAGGACUUAUGUGUCUAACCUUGAACAUCAGCUCAUGUUGGGCAGCAACUUCCAGAUAUUUUUGCCAGCAGAUAAUGUCUGUUGUUCUGUUGAUCCUUCAUCUUUUUUUCCCACUUUUUUAACAGGCACAAUCAAUACUACAGGCAUCAAAUGAAAAGCUGGACCUCCUUAAAUAUUCCUUGGAGGAACGAGUGAAAGAACUUCCUGAUGGCCACCCUAGGAAGAGUAUAACCACCGAGGAACUGUCCCUUGGUUCAGUCAAAUCCAAGUCCAUAGCACUAACGGGUAAGUUAUUUUUGUCUCUGAAAGAUCUGUGAAUAAACUAAACAAGUAUAUCUAACAUUGAAAUAUCCGAGCAUGUUUCCAUCUGUGUGAAGUCUGACUGGAGGAAACUCACAGUUAGUGUACCGAUAUUCCAGCAGGAUUUAUUCUAUGUGACGUGGAUGCAAGUUUAAAUGUGACCGGUGACAUUUUAAAUAACAAUAUGUAACUCUUAGCAUUAUUCUUCCAAAUGUACUGAGCUAGCUUUCUGCAUAACUUUUAAAUGAGUGAAUUAUUAGCAUAAACUAAGUAAACAAGUUAAGCAUUACACUUUGAUGAAUACUUUACUAAUGGGCAAUUAGAUAAAUGACUUUACUUACUGUCUAAGACACAGUUUAUAAUAAUCUGAAUAUGUGCACUUGACAUGUUACUGAGAAUGUGCCCAUUCUUGGUAUUCUCAUGAAUUCAGUUUUACUUUUUUUUUUUUUUUUAUUAUCUUAGAGUCCCACUAAGUGUAAAGGUUAAUCCAGACAUGGACUCCUUGUUCACUUUGCAUAGAGGGGUUCCAACUUGUGUAGCGUGGACUUAUUGCAUUCUGGUUCUGAAUUACUCCUGUGAGUGUUUAGAAAUAUCUUAUAAUGCAAAUAGUAUAGCUUUCCUCUCUAAUGGCACCAGUGAGAUGAACCUUGUCUGAGUACCAAGCAGGGACUAACUGACGCUACUGAGUUUUUAUCUGUUUGUAAGUUCAGUUUUGGUUGAUUUAUAUUCUGAUAAAGAUGUAAAAGCUGCCUAAUCAUUUCAUAUUCUGUGUGUGCUACUUAGACCAAACACAAAGUUUUCUUUAACAUAAAUGUGAAAGUAAUAAAUAUUGAAAAAUGGCCAGAACAUCAAUGUCCUAGUGUCUAUAGGAACAGAGUAGGGGGUAACCCUCAAUAAUUGCAGAACAGAGGAGAAAAGAAAAAGGAAUCUGUUCCUAAUGCCGAUAUCGGAUAUACACAAACGGUUAAAAAUCUAGAAGAUACUUUAUUAAUAAAUGGAAAACAUAAAUCUGAAAAGACCCCAGCAAUGGCUGCCUGACUCAACAAAAGUCAGUUACGGCAGCCAAGACAAAGAGCAUACAUAGAAAUAAAAAAGAUAAGUAAAAAGAAAAAUGAAAAUAGAUCGAUAAGGUAAUAGAAAGAGUUUUAACAAUGGAUAAAUGAUAGUAUCUAUAGAUCAGAAAAUUGAUACAAUGCGUGGGAGCCCCCUAAGUAAAGCUGACAAUUCAUUCAGUGUAAUGAUUCUUACAUAUCAGAGAUAAAAUAUAAUACAAAAUAUCGAUGCAAUACAAGGGAAUCUGUUACCAUCAGUAUGAACUGAAACUAAGUAUAUUGAUCUCUGUGUGUCAACUAAAAGAUACAAUACAGGGGAACCCACUGGAAGGAGUUAAAUACUCCCGUUUGGUAUAAUAGUCACUAUGUAUAUAAAGACAAAAGAAUCACUGUACAGAAUCAAUGCCGUUAAGGUACAGGAGAUUCUCCCACUAUAAACUCUCUCUAAAAAUAAAAGUAGUGAAUGCAGUAAUAGUAUUUCCAAAAGUUCUAAUAUAAGAACAAAAUCGAAUCUAAUUACAUAUACAUAUAAAUCACAUCAGCAUAUCAAAUUGGUGUUACGAGUGUAAUGAGUAAAUAGAGUUAAUCAAAAAGGUGAAAAGGCAACAGUAUCUAGAAUAUGCCCAGUAACCUUAAUGAAAUAACUAAUUAUCCAUGAUGAAUUCUACACCAAAUGAAGAAAGAUCGGAAUGGUGCCUUCGAGGGCACCAAGUAUAGGAUAGAUGGUAAAGAAACAAGAGUCCUGAUGCUGGUAAAUAACCAAAUAGACAGUAGAGAAAUACUGCAUUAAUAGCUAAUGAUAUCCUGAUCGAUCUAAUCAGUAUACACGGCUAGUAUCCCAAACUAUCAUAGCCCCUCGGGAUCCCAAGUAAUAAAUAAAUCCAAAGAUGUAUGUCCGUGCUCAUAGGAAGGAAGAGGGUUGCUGGGGACACACAAAAUAUCUAGCCUGAUAAUCGCAAUAAUGUCUAAUCUACGCGCCCCAACGUGCGUUUUGCCUAACUUACAGGCUCAUCAGGGGGAUGUAUUGUAUCUUUUAGUUGACACACAGAGAUCAAUAUACUUAGUUUCAGUUCAUACUGAUGGUAACAGAUUCCCUUGUAUUGCAUCGACAUUUUGUAUUAUAUUUUAUCUCUGAUAUGUAAGAAUCAUUACACUGAAUGAAUUGUCAGCUUUACUUAGGGGGCUCCCACGCAUUGUAUCAAUUGUCUGAUCUAUAGAUACUAUCAUUUAUCCAUUGUUAAAACUCUUUCUAUUACCUUAUCGAUCUAUUUUCAUUUUUCUUUUUACUUAUCUUUUUUAUUUCUAUGUAUGCUCUUUGUCUUGGCUGCCGUAAUUGACUUUUGUUGAGUCAGGCAGCCAUUGCUGGGGUCUUUUCAGAUUUAUGUUUUCCAUUUAUUAAUAAAGUAUCUUCUAGAUUUUUAACCGUUUGUGUAUAUCCGAUAUCGGCAUUAGGAACAGAUUCCUUUUUCUUUUCUCCUUUGUUCAUAAAUGUGAAAGUGUAAUAGCCAUUGUUACAAUAUUUAUUCUGAUUGUUUGACAGGUACUCUGAAAGUGCGAGUAAAGGGCUGUCACGGUAUUCUGGAGAAUGUACCUGGCAGACUAAAGGACCCGUCCGAUGUUCUCCCUGGCAGGAGUCCGCGUCGAGGAAGAUUCUUAUUAAUGAACCGAAUCAGAAGAAACAACCGUGGCAGCAAUCAGAAAAUCCAAGAGAAUUUUGACUUUUCUAGUACAGUGAUUUUGAUCUUAUUAAUCCCGUUAUGUGUACAGUGACGCUCAAUAUCUGGGAUAUCGAACCUUUCCCUGCAACAAUUGUUAAACUACAUAUCCCAUUAUUUACUGACAGUAUUUAUAAUCAUAGUCCAGUAACAUUUGACUGGUCAUGGUUAGACAAUGUCUGUAUAGGAAACUUGGAUCCUUUAACUCUGUAAUGUUCCUGUUUGGGGAGAAUGCAGGCGAAAUACAAAUAUUAUCUAAUAGGAUUCUCCGUCAUUCACAAAGACCCUGCCAAUCAAUCACAAUACUGAAAGUGUUGUCAAGGAGAUCAGUUUUACAAAACAUAUUUCCAGAUAUCACUCCACAAUUGCCUUUUUCCACCAAAUUAUUUUACAUAUAUGAAAUGACUCUAAACUAAGUGAAGGAAACCUUUACCAAAGAUUCUUCAAGCUGGGAAUCCUAUCUGUCAACUUUAUAUCCUCCUCUAAACAAGUUACAAGUUGCCUUUGAAACGUCCUCCUGGUCCAUGGGGAGAAUACUGGCUCACAAUACCCCUUACAUUAUAGUUUUAUCUAAUCAAUAGACGAGAUCUUUACUACUUUACCCGUUGAUGAUUUCAUUGUUUCUUUGGGAUUGCGGCUUUACCAUUCUGAGACUUGAACACAGCUCACAGCCUGACUUUCAGUUUUAUCCUCUGGACUUUCCUGAUUAUUUGUUAAUGCUGAUAACAUUUCUGACUCUUUGUUAAUGCAAUGUCUUGGGUUUGUCUUCUCAUCCAUUUAAAUGCCUUUAAAAUGUUAUUAUUAUUACAUGUAUCUAACAAUGACAUUUUGAUAUAUAACAGUACAUUAUUAUGUAUUCCUGUAGAUUCAAAAUAAAUGCUAAUAGUAUUAAACAAAUACAAAAUUACACAAAACGUUACUGUAUAGUAGAUAACAUGGAACAGUGUGACAAUAAAUAAAUAAAUAAAUAAGAUAGGCCUACCUCUCGCAUCACCAUGAAAAGCCUUGACAUAAUGUCAUACCCAGGGGUGCAUAACACAGGAGGGUCUAUGUUGCAAACCUCCUAGGAAACUAUAGCACUACAAUAUAUGUGGAGUAUAAACUGCAAGAAAGUCCCCUUAAUCCAGUGUGCCAAAACAAGGCUGCAGGAUGGUACCUCCUUAAUCUAGUGUGCCAAAACAAGGCUGCAGGAUGGUACAUUCUUAAUCCAGUGUGCCAAACCAAGGCUGCAGCAUUGGACCACUUUAAUCCAGUGUGCCAAAACAAGGCUGCAGCAUGGUACCUCCUUAAUCUAGUGUGCCAAAACAAGGCUGCAGGAUGGUACCUCCUUAAUCCAGUGUGCCAAAACAAGGCUGCAGCAUUGGACCACCUUAAUCCAGUGUGCCAAAACAAGGCUGCAGCAUGGUACCUCCUUAAUCCAGUGUGCCAAAACAAGGCUGCAGCAUGGUACCUCCUUAAUUCAGUGUGCCAAAACAAGGCUGCAGGAUGGUACCUCCUUAAUCCAGUGUGCCAAAACAAGGCUGCAGGAUGGUACCUCCUUAAUCCAGUGUGCCAAAACAAGGCUGCAGUGGGAAACCUCCUGGUCCCACAUUGUUGA